ACCCGACACGCUCAGGCUCUCACACUCACUGUGAAUGUGUGUGCCUUGCAUUUCUAUCACACUCAGCUCUGAAAGGUGACCACGGGACAAGCCAGCCUUACGCACAUUUUCUGAGCUUUGUAAUGCAAUCCCCCAGCUCUGAAAACCUUUAAAUACAUUUCAGGAUCCACGUGGUGUAAAGUGAGCCAGUGCAACUGUACAGAGUAGUGUGGGACAUUUCAGUCAAGUGCCUUCAGCAGGACACAGAAGAGGACAGGCAGUUCAAGGAUCUUCAUUUAACAGGAUCUUUCUCAAGCUAAGAAAUCUUAUAACUUAAACUUAUAGAACUGUAAGGAAAUCAGACUUUUGCUUGUGUUUAGAACUUUUAAAAUGCACCCCACUUUUAUCUGUCUGCCUUAAAUGAAAUAGCAGUGAAUGGGGAACCUAAUUUGUAUGCUACCCAAGUUCAGGCAGGAUCUUUUGCAAAGCCUGGCGUGGGCUACAGCACCUGCCUCUUUUACUCAACCUGUAGGGGGCAAAUUUUAAUUUGCCAGGAGCCGGGAUCUACCUCUUGAAUGGGAUAGAUCAGUGCUGUAGAUCAGGUAAAGCACUGAUCUAAGUGAAGUCUAACUAAAGCAGUCUGUCAGUUUCUUGUUUUCUUCAUCAAAACUCCUAAUUCCAAGGCUUCCGCAUGGUCCUCUGGUCGAAAGAACAAGACAAACUGUCCGACAUGUCCGCGGGGGCGGAAAUAAUAGAGGUGAAGAAAGACUUCAUCUCUUCAAACGGCUCGGUCCACCCGGUCAUUCUGGCCGAAGGGGUCGAGGAGAGGCAGUCCAGCACCGUAGAGUACGAGCUCACGGAGGUGACGUCCUUCCCUGAGCAUCCAGAGGCGGAAAACGAGCGGACGGAGGUGGUGGUGAUUGACUGUCGGCCCAAUGCCAAGGGCCAAAGGGAAGAGGACGCACUGCUGGAGAACACCAGCCAAAGCAAUGAGAGUGAUGACACGAGCACGGACCAAAGCCCAGUGCCGCCAGUUCCUCUAAAGGAGACAUCAUUCUCCAUUGGACUACAGGUCGUGUUCCCUUUCCUGCUGGCCGGGUUUGGGACAGUGGCUGCUGGAAUGGUCCUUGACAUAGUUCAGCAUUGGAAGGUUUUCUCCGAGGUGAAUGAGGUCUUCAUCCUAGUACCAGCUCUUCUGGGCCUCAAGGGGAACCUAGAGAUGACACUCGCUUCUAGACUCUCCACAGCGGCUAACAUUGGACAGAUGGACACAGCCAAGGAGAUGUGGAAAAUGAUCAUCGGAAACCUCGCUCUAAUUCAGGUUCAGGCCACUGUGGUGGGCUUCCUGGCCUCCAUCGCUGCUGUCAUUUUCGGCUGGAUUCCAGAGGGCCACCUUAAGAUAGGUCACGCUGUUCUGCUCUGUGCCAGCAGUGUAGCCACGGCCUUCAUCGCCUCCCUGCUGUUAGGCCUUAUCAUGAUCGGGGUGAUCAUCGGCUCCAGGAAGGUUGGCAUCAACCCGGACAAUGUGGCCACACCCAUUGCAGCCAGCCUCGGAGACCUGAUUACGCUAGCCUUACUAGCCGGCAUAAGCACGGGACUUUACAAGGAACUGGAUUAUAACGAUUACGCCAACCCGCUGGUUUGUGUGUUUUUUGUCGCUUUAACACCCAUCUGGAUCCUGAUCGCCCGACGGAUCCCCUCCACCCGAGAGGUGCUCUACUCGGGGUGGGAGCCUGUCAUCAUUGCCAUGGCAAUCAGCAGUGUUGGUGGACUCAUUCUGGACAAGACGGUGUCUAAUCCCAACUAUGCUGGAAUGGCAGUGUUCACUCCUGUCAUCAAUGGUGUGGCUGGAAAUUUGGUGGCAGUGCAGGCUAGUCGGAUUUCUACAUACCUGCACAUGAACGGCCUGCCCAUCGCAGAGGCCAAUGCUACUCCACAAAAAUGCACCACACCCUGCAGCACCUUCUUCGGCUCAGGUUUAAAUUCUCGCUCGGCUAGAGUGCUCUUCCUGUUGGUGGCUCCCGGUCACCUCGUCUUCCUCUACACUAUCAACUUACUUCGGGCGGGACACACCACCCUCACUUACAUCUUUAUUGCUUUCUACCUUACUGCUGCACUCCUCCAGGUGAUGGUCUUGCUCUACCUGGCUGACUGGAUGGUGCAGUGGAUGUGGAAGCGAGGGAUGGACCCUGAUAACUUUUCCAUUCCCUACCUGACCGCCCUGGGCGACCUACUGGGCACAGGCUUCCUGGCUCUGUGUUUUCACAUGCUGUGGUUGAUCGGCGAUCGGGACACAGACGUAGGCGAUUGAUGCUUCUGAUCACCGACCAUGUGCGGAACCUCACAAGCCCUUAUUUAUGAGUAGCAGAAUGACAACUGUGCUAUUAUGGCUGCAAUAGCCACUAUGAUUAUGAUUUAACUCAUAAUACUAUUGCUGUAGUAUUGGUAUGUAAUGAUUUACAUUUUAUGUUUGUUUGUUUUGCGGCAGAACAGGAAUCCUCAUUAUUUUUCAAUGGGGAUGUUCAGCCCCUUUUACGGUUAGUCACGUUUGGCAGAAAAAAAGGUCAACUUAAACUUGAAGAAUUCAAAAGCAGCAAAAGUGAUGUAGGAAGCGCAACCACCAAGUGCUCGAGUGAAAAAUGGUAAUUGUGACCAGAUCUCAACAAAGUAAACUUAAAACGUUCUAAUGAUCUCUUGUGCUAGGAGUUUGUUGUUUUUUGUAUUAAUUUAUCAAAAAGUAGAAAAACUAAAAAAAAAAAUUAUAAUAACUAAAGUCCCAGGUUGUGUGCAGAUUGAUACUGAUCAGUGAAACUUUUUCAUUAGGGAUGCACCGAUUUAAAAAUCAAGUGUAGAACAGGAGCAGAUCAUUUCUGGCUACUCCCAAUUGCACACAACACCAUCAGAAAUAAAAGGACACAUAAAAACCCUAGUGACAUAUUAAUUUGUGAAUUUGUAGUAUAGCUAAGAGUCUUGGAUAUCUGAAUUUUCAAUCCAGCGUCUGCUUUUAUGGGUCAUUAAAUACAGAAGACUUAAAACCUGAAGCAGACUAAAGAAAGAUUUAACAAAGGAGACGUUUUGCUUAAACACAUCUAGUAAAUGCCAUUUAUUUUAAGCAGUCACGGGAAUGAGAACGUGUUUCCAGUGUGCAUGAUAAUUUAGUCCUGUCCACUUAACCAUGCUGACUGGAAAAAUAAUCCCACUGUGUUUGAAGUACCUCUGGUGUCGAACUGGAUUUUAGAAAUGCCUUAAAUUAGUGGAAUUUUAUUGACCUCACAUAGACCUAUAUAAUUAUAGCACGCACUGGGGUUUGCAUGUGUAAAACACAUUUAAAGCUGGGAAAAAUCUGCAAGCUAAUUUACUAACGGUCUACAAAAAAAUGCAUAUUUUAAAUGUAUGUUUAAAACCAAUAGUUUUAUACCAGCUUCUUUCAGUAGUGAGGUUUGCUUUGGGGUUGUAGGUAAUAUACAGUAUAUAGUAUAGAUAGAUGUAGUUCAUUUGGGAUUAUUUACUUCUAGCACUCACUGUUCAGCUUUGUUUAGUUCUUGGAUUAAAACAUUUUGUAGUAGGGGCAAAAUGGGCCACUUGCAAGAAAGCUAGCAGUAAUAUUGACAUCUUGAUACGUUUGGAUACAGCUCAAUUGUUACUAACUGUAACAAGUGCCUAA